AUGAGCACUCUCCUCUUCCCCAACCCUCACUCUCACCUCCUCUUCCGGCGCGCCGCCGUCUCAUCAACGACCACAACCCCCGAACCACCGCGUGCGGUGGUCAUCGGCGCCGGCCUCGCAGGCCUCUCCGCCGCCGUCCAUCUCCAUUCCGCCGGUCUCCCCUUCCUUCUCCUCGAAGCCUCCGACGCCACCGCGGCUUCCAGAUCCUUCUCACCGCCUACCCCGAACUCCGCCGCCUCCUCAACCUCCCCGCUCUCCAACCCCAACCCUUCUUCCCCGGCGCCCUCGUCUUCCACUCCGGCCGCUUCCACCGCCUUGCCGACCCUUUCCGCCUCCCACUCGCCGCCCUCCCCACUCUCCCCAACCCCAUCGGCUCCAUCCCCGAUAAACUCCUCGUCGGCCUUACCCGUCUCCGGGCCGCCUCCAUCCCCCACGACGUCCUCCUCUCCGCCCCCGAAACUUCCAUCUCCGACCGCCUCCGCUCCUCCGGCUUCUCCCCCUCCAUCAUCGAUCGCUUCUUCCGCCCUUUCCUCGCCGGCAUCUUCUUCGACCACGAUCUCUCCACCACCUCCCGCCUCUUCGACUUCGUUUUCCGCUGUCUCGCCCUCGGCGACAACGCCCUCCCCGCCAACGGCAUCGCCGCCAUUCCCUCCCAACUCGCCGCCCGCCUACCCACCUCCUCUCUCCGCCUCCAAUCCCGCGUUUCCUCCAUCAAUCCCGGCCGCCCACCUAGGGUUUCUCUCCACUCAGGCGAUGCCAUCGCCGCCGAGCAUGGUGUGAUCCUGGCGGUGGAGCAACCCGAGGCGCAGAAGCUUCUCCCCUCGGUUCACGUAAACCGGGUUAAAAAUAAACCGGCCCGAAGCACGGUUUGUAUCUACUUCUCAGCGAACCGGGCUCCGAUCUCUGAACCGAUCUUGAUC